UUUCCCGUCAUAUGACAGGUCAGCUGACACGGAAGUGCAGAACGAGAACGAGAUGAGAUGUCUACUAUACAGUUGCUGAACAAAAUCCCUGCCGCAGAAUGCUUGAAAUUUCUGCAUGGGGUGGUGAACGGGGUGUGUGGCCGGAGCUACCCUAAGAGGACGGACUAUGGCGACACCUGGACCCUGUCGCAGUACUCAGAGCUGCUGGAGGCCCUCUCUGCACUCCUCAGGGUCAUCGUUGGGAAGAAAUGCACAGAGACGGAGCUGUUGACAGGGCUGGAGGAGCCCCAUGCGGCGGCCGUGUGGCAGUGCGUUAAGGCCCGGCAGGAGGAGAUUCACCAGGCCCUGGUGGAGAGAACCAACGCCAUCUCCACCACCCAGCUCCAGGACUUUGACUGGCAAAUGAAACUGGCCCUGUCGAGCGAUAAGUUGUCCCUUCUGCACACGCCUCUGCUCUCUCUCACGCUGGAUGUGAAGGAGAAUGGAAAGCCUCGUCCAGUUACCAUAGAGAUGAACAGAGAAGAGUUACAAACUCUCAUUAGUGCCAUGGAGGCUGCUAACAAGGUGGUCCUGCAGCUGAAGUAGGCUUGGUGAAGUGAUUCACGGUGACAGUUGAGACAUCGAGCCCAACGGGUGGCCAGACUGAUGACGUCAUCAUCAUGGGACGCUAGCCAGCGGAGAGCUAGCAGCACCGGGCAGGUAGCUCUGAGUCCUACGUGCAUUCCAAUAUGUGGACUGUCCUCCACUUGUGCUUGUGGCCCCACAUCUUGCUGACGCCCCGCCUCCGUGUAGAAAACAAAUAAGUUUCCCCGGUGACAGCCGAGCCUCAACAAUUUUUGGGGGACUAUUCUUCAUUCACCAUCCUGUUUGCAAAUGAGAAAAUGACAUUAGAAUUGAGCUUUUGUGAUAUAUUGAAGUAUACUGCGGUUGUCGGUGACGUCCUCAUGAGGACACAAGGAGAAAAGUGAACAAGGGAGGACAGGAGUCCACAAAUUGGCAUCCACCCCUGGGUUCAGUAUCUUCAGGCUGCGUGAGGCAACCAGCGGGUGCAAGCCAAUCUCUGUCCUCCCAUACGUCCCUGUGGCCUCCCAAGGGCUGGACAACAUUUACGAUCAGAGUUUUUAUUCAAUAUCUCGCCAGAAAAUAAUUUUAAGCUCACUCUCUCAUUUGCAAUCAAGGCCCCACAAAAAUCGCUCUGCCACUGGAUGACCGUGGGAAAACAUCUGUUUUCUCCGCGGAGGCGGGGCAGCACUGUGGCAAGAAGCCAAUGGCCACAGAACAGGUCAGGAUGGGAGGACAGGAAGACAAUGAUUGACUUGCAACCAGCAUCUUAAUACCGUUCUCCCUAUGACCCUUGGAUCUACACAGACAUCAGUCAGUUGCUUCAAUUGUUCCUAAUUGGUUUUAUCAUAUUUGGUAAUCAAUACCUAUUUGGUAUUAACAUAUGCCUGUGUGCGUGUGUGUGUGUGUGUGUGUGUGUUUGUCUGCACACCAUAGUGUUUGAUUGAGAGGUAUGUCUGCAGUCUUUGCAAAAGUAUGUGUGACACAUCAAAGUGCGUCCUCUUCAUUGCUUGUGUAACGUCUGACUUAUUGUAUGAAUUGUUUUUGUGUAAAGUCUGCAAUAAACAAAAGGUGCCCUCA